UGCUCUGCUCUGUCCAAGUGUCCAUUGACUUGUUUAUCAAAAAAAAAAGAAAGUGUCCAUUGACUUGAAUUGACCUAGAGUGAAGUGGUAGAGCUGGUUGGUAGAAAUGGAUGAGAAAAGUUUAGUCGCUGUUGUGAUAACGUGGUGAUUGUGUGGUAAAGUGGGAGGUGACAAAUAAGCGUAUAUAUUCCAAUCCACGCCGUUGGAGAGAUAUUCAGAGCAGAGACCUUCCUCACUCCUCGCCAUGUCUUCAUAUGAGGAACUCUUUUCUAAAAUCAAUCCUGACGAAACCUCAGCCAUUGAGAACAUUACCGAUGCCUAUGUCACCUUGCUUAGUCAUGUGUCUAAAGUCAAGCACUCUAUCCCCAAAUGUAGCGGCAAUAACAAUGGAGCUAGCAGCAGUAGUGACAGCAGCAAUUUCAACAACAGAAACAGUCAUGCCCCGAACAAUGACUAUGCUUUUACGUGCAAUGAACCUGAAAAGUUACAAGAUCUCAAUCAAAUCAGAGACGAUUUCCGCCAUCUCCAACAACUUGUUAAAAAACCAAUCAAGAACUUUGAACACGACGUCAAUGACAUCAUCAAUAAACUUGAGCAAACUACUAGUGGUUCCUUCACAACCAAACAAGUUCGAGCCAUGCUUAGCGCACUGGAGAAUCAUGUCAUGAAGUUGAGGUUCCACAUUCCAUCAUUGCCAAGCGACAUGGCUUCUACAAGUUCUGAUGUUCGUCGAUAUACAUGGAAGAAACAGUCCAAUAGUGUGGUUGAUGAAAAAUUGCCUAUCUUACACAUGAAUCGUAAGUUUCUACGUAGCUCAGUUUUCACUGAAUUGCAGGAAGCUUUUGAAGAGCUUAAUACUAAGUUGAAGCACUGCUUGUUGUGCUUUGCUGUGGUUCCGGAGAAUGAGGUUGUAAAGAGGAGGCUUUUGAUAGAUUGGUGGGUCGGAGAGCGUUUAGUGGAUUCUCCUGCUACUGAAGAAGUUGCUGAUGAGAUUCUUAUGGAACUUAUGGCGAAGGGCUUUAUUGAGCCUGUUAAGCAAAGGCCCAAACUGGUUGCAGACAGGUUUAAGAUGCAGCCUCGAGUGCGCUGUGUGGUUAUUAUGCUUGCCCAGGAUGCUGGGUUAUUUGAUUAUGAUUUUAAUGGGAAUCCAACCGCAAAUUCUUCUCUAUGUAGCAGUUUAUUUUUAUUGAAGGCUGAAGAUGGAUCUUCGGAGCAGAUAUUAUCAAGUAGUCGUAACUUUGAUCCAGAAAAGCUGCAAACUCUAUUCAAUUUUAAUGAGCCUUUUCCUGAUUGGAGACUUGAGUCAUUACUAAAGGAGAAUAAUUACAACAUUGUGGACUGGUUUUCAAAGAUGAAAAAUGUCAAUGUUCUUUAUUUGGGAAGGUGGCAAAGCUCAGGCGAGCAUCACAUUGAAGUAGAAAGCAUUGACUUCUUAAAAGGGUUGAUGAAUAUGAAAUAUUUGAGGCUUUUAAGCCUACAAGGAAUAUCUAGAAUUAAUGAGCUUCCCAAAUCUGUAUGCAAGCUAACAAAUUUGAGGAUCUUAGAUCUCAAAGCUUGUCACAAUCUGGAGGAACUUCCAGAUGGGAUAGACUUGCUCAAGCAGCUGACACGCUUGGAUAUUUCAGAAUGUUACUUACUAGAUGGCAUACCCAAGGGGCUAGCGCAUCUCUCAAAACUUGAAGUCCUUAAGGGGUUUCUAAUUGGUAAUUUGAAAAGUGGAGGAAGAUCAUGUACUCUUGAAGAUUUGAUAGGAUUGGAGAGGCUGAGCAAUUUGAGCAUCAAUACAAGCAGCAGGGAUUUCCCCACAGAAGAAGAGCUACGCACUCUAAGCAAGUUGGAGGCGCUUCGGAAGCUAGGAAUAGCAUGGGGUAUGAAGCAAGAAAAUGCUGUGCCAAAAUCAGUGGGCGCUGUGAACUCAGAUAAUAGAGGGCAGACAGUGGAGCAGCAAGACCAACUAGAGGACUAAACAGCAUCCUCAGUCUACAGAAAACGAGAGAUCCUGUGACACUGGAGCUUCCAACAAAACUGGAGAAACUCAAACUUCAGUGCUUGCCUCACAGAGCAUCACCAAAUUGGCUGAUACCCGAAAAGCUUAAGAGCCUAAAAAAACUUUACAUCAGAGGAGGAGAACUCGAAAAUUUAGUUCAGAUGGGAAAUGCAGAGUGGACGGUUGAGAUUUUACAUUUGAAGUACUUAGAUGAAUUUAAUAUGGACUGGGAAGCACUGCGUAAAUCAUUCCCAAAAUUGAUUUUCUUGGAGAAAUUCAAAUGCCGUUGUCUUGCUUAUGGCCAAUGCAAUGCAGAUGGAGUGUGGCGGAAGCCUUGAGCAAUGUCAGCAAUAAAUUACGAAUUCAACUGUUUUUUUUUUCCUCUCUCUCUUUAAAAUAUUGACAAUAUCAAAUGUUGUUUGUGUCUGGUUAGUUCUCUUUCAAUUUUUUCCUACGCAAUAAUGUCUUAUGUUCUAAUGGAUUUUAUUGAACUGUUGUUGUUAUUA